AUGCAGCAGGCCGGCCAAGGAGCGCAGCCCGCCAAGAAGCCGGCCAUGGAGGUGACGCUCCGGCGGUUCAGCCUCGACGACGUGGACGCCAUGAUGGCGUGGGCGUCGGACCCGCAGGUGGCCGCCCCCUGCCGCUGGGAGCCGUACGAGUCCACGGAGCCCCUGCUCGCCUUCAUCCGCGACGCCGUGCUCCCGCACCCCUGGUUCCGCGCCAUCUGCCUCGCCGGCGACGGCGACCGCCCCGUCGGCGCGAUCUCCGUGUCGCCGACGGACGACGCGUGCCGCGCGGAGCUCGGGUACGUGCUGGCGCGCGCGCACUGGGGGAAAGGGGUGGCCACGGCGGCCGUGCGGCGGGCGGUGGCCGCGGUGUUCGGCGAGGUGGAGGGGCUGCAGCGCGUGGAGGCGCUGGUGGACGUGGCCAACGUGGCGUCGCAGCGGGUGCUGGAGAAGGCCGGGUUCCGGCGGGAGGCCGUGCUGCGGCGGUACUGCCUGCUCAAGGGCGCCGUCAAGGACAUGCUCAUCUUCAGCUUCAUCUCCACCGACACUGUGCUGCUCGACUGA